UCCUCUGAUUAGAAAAACAAGAUGGCCGCUAUAAAAGCAGAUAUAGUUUUGAAAGUUAAUAACUUUGUUGUUUUUAGUGCUCAAACAACUUUGUUUGACUGUUUUCAAAUAAAUAAACUUUGAAAUUGAGUUUACAAUAAGUAAUAGUUCAAUUAAUGUAGAUGCUAUUUCUCAUUUUCAUUCAGAAAUAUCAAUUUUCUCGUUACUGAUUCACUGUGGUACGGUUUGUUAUGAAGUGAAUGUUAGUCGAAAAAUGUAUCAGUGUUGGAAAAUAGUGAUUAAUUUGGCAAAAUAAAUUAUAUUUAAUAUUUUUUUGCGGACCAAACUAGGAAAUUUAUUAUUUGAAAUCUAUCAUGGACGCAUAUUUUUCAAGCUUAAACUGCGAUAAGAACAUGCACUACGAUACAGAGGGCAUUGGAGCGUUGGCCAGUGUUUUUGUGCCGAAAAUCGAGUUAGCCGAUAACGAGCAGGACUCCAGUUGUCCCACACCGUCCAGCGGCGAUAUGAACAACACAGUUUCAAAUGAGACCUAUCACACAGACCGGGAUCAUCCGGACGAUUUGAACAGCACGGUGUCAAAUGGGACCUUUCACACCGACCCUGAUGAGGAGGAGGAUAUGGAGGAAGAGGAGGAGGAGGAGGAUAAGAAGCCUGUGAAGCAAGUUUAUACAUGUCAUGUGUGUAAUAAGAAUUUCAACUGGAAGGGGAACCUGAUUACUCAUAUGAGGUGUCAUUCUGGUGAAGAAGAACGGCCGCGCUACCCAUGCCACAUCUGCUUCAAGGUGUUCAACUGGAAGUCCAACCUGAAGACCCACUUGAAUCGGCUGCAUUACUUUGGCGACCAGCCCCUCCCCAAGUACAAGUGCAGCCUCUGCACCAAGCAGUUCACCUGGAAGAACAGCCUCACCACACACGUGCAGGUCAUGCAUGCCUCAGGCGAUGGCACUCAGUCUGAACCACAGAAGCUCAGCUGCGAGGUGUGUGGCAAGCAGUUCACGUGGAAGUCUAACCUGAACACGCACAUGGAGUCGCACACGCGUGCCUCGAAGCUGGCCUGCCCCAUCUGCCACAAGCUGUUCAACUGGAAGUCCAACCUGAAGGCACACAUGAAUACAGCCCACCUCUAUCCACACGCAUUGCAGAAGCAUCAGUGCACCCAAUGCCACAAGCUGUUUAAUAGUAAAGCAUCUCUACAGAAGCAUACCGACACAAUACACAAUGAGAAGCCGGAAAAGCACGCGUGCACCAUCUGCAAACGCGAGUUCCUGUGGAAGUCGAACCUGGCCACACACGAGGCAAGACACGCGGACGAGGGAGGCAAGCGGUUCACUUGCACGGUGUGUGGCAAGGGCUUCGGCUGGCGCAGCAACCUGAACAAGCACAUGGAAACACACGACGCCAGCACGCCCAAGCACCAGUGCCCCGAAUGCAAUCACAAGUUCGCCAGCAAGAGUGGUCUCACUAUGCAUAUGGCCAAGCACUACGAUCAGGGCAGGUUUGUCUGCCAUGUUUGCAACAAAUCUUUCACGUGGAAGGCCAACUACAACGUGCAUAUGGCCUCCAAACACCCCGACGUCGACCGCAGUGCCUACUAUUCAUCUUCCUCAUCCUCUUCCUCAUCAACAUCCGAUCAUCACACCUUCCAUCCUCCGCCACAUCAGCUGAUUGAGCAGAAGACCUUCACCGACCUUGACUCGCCGGAAAAUCUGGAGGCCAACCGAUCAGCUGCUGCUUCACCGUUUGUCGUUGAGGACCAGAAAAUCCAAAAUGGCGGCUCAUUUGUCACAUCUGACCAGAAAAUGCAGAAUGGAAUGCGUGCCACCUGUGAACUGGCCUAUCCGAGUCCAGCAGCCUACUCAAUGCAGAUGGGGAAGGAUGCCUGUGAAUCGGUCUCGUCUCCCAAUAGAUUGAUGCCCAACUGUGAACCAGUCUCGUCUGCCAGUAGGAUGAUGCCCAACUGUGAAUCAGUCUCGUCUGCUAGUAGAUUGAUGCCAAACUGUGAAUCGGUCUUGUCUGCUAGUAGAUUGAUGCCAAACUGUGAACCAGUCUCGUCUCCCAAUAGAUUGAUGCCCAACUGUGAAUCAAUCUCGUCUUCCAGUAGGAUGAUGCCCAACUGUGAACCAGUCUCAGCUUCCAGUAGGAUGAUGCCCAACUGUGAACCAGUCUCAGCUUCCAGUAGGAUGAUGCCCAACUGUGAACCAGUAUCAGCUUCCAGUAGGAUGAUGCCCAACUGUGAACCAGUCUCAUCUCCCAUUAGAUUGAUGCCCAACUGUGAACCAGUCUCAUCUCCCAUUAGAUUGAUGCCCAACUGUGAACCAGUCUCAGCUUCCAGUAGGAUGAUGCCCAACUGUGAACCAGUCUCAUCUCCCAUAGAUUGAUGCCCAACUGUGAAUCAAUCUCGUCUUCCAGUAGGAUGAUGCCCAACUGUGAACCAGUCUCAGCUUCCAGUAGGAUGAUGCCCAACUGUGAACCAGUCUCAGCUUCCAGUAGGAUGAUGCCCAACUGUGAACCAGUAUCAGCUUCCAGUAGGAUGAUGCCCAACUGUGAACCAGUCUCAUCUCCCAUUAGAUUGAUGCCCAACUGUGAACCAGUCUCAUCUCCCAUUAGAUUGAUGCCCAACUGUGAACCAGUCUCAGCUUCCAGUAGGAUGAUGCCCAACUGUGAACCAGUCUCAUCUCCCAAUAGAUUGAUGCCCAACUGUGAACCAGUCUCAUCUCCCAAUAGAUUGAUGCCCAACUGUGAAUCGGUGUCCAAUAGAUUGGCAGCUAGUAGUGAAGCAAUGAAUUUGAGUGCCGCUCAUCUUCAGAUGUCGGCCUAUCACAGCAUGAACACACAUGCACUGGCUAGCUGAAAGCGAUACUGGCUGUGAAUCGGUCUUCGGUGAUGGUUUGUGGACUAUGCAUCAGUGUGAACUGGUCUUUAGGUAAAAUGUCUAAAGUGUCUGAGUGUGAACUGGACUUCAGACAAAGCUUGUUCUUUAGGUAAAUAUUGUGUAAAGUGUCUGAUUGUGAACUGUUCUUGAAACAAAGCUUUGCGAGUGGCUUACUGUGAACUGGACUAUAGACAAAACUUGUAAAGUGUCCCAGUGUGAACUGGGCUUCAUAUGACUUGGAAGUGGAAGUGGCUCAGUGUGAUCUGGACUUGGGACAAACUUGUAAAGUGUCCCAGUGUGAACUGGGCUUCGUAUGACUUGGAAGUGGAAGUGGCUCAGUGUGUUCUGGACUAGGGACAAACUUGUAAAGUGUCCCAGUGUGAACUGAGCUUCAUAUGACUUGGAAGUGGAAGUGGCUCAGUGUGAUCUGGACUUGGGACUAACUUGUAAAGUGUCCCAGUGUGAACUGAGCUUCAUAUGACUUGGAAGUGGAAGUGGCUCAGUGUGAUCUGGACUAGGGACAAACUUGUAAAGUGUCCCAGUGUGAACUGAGCUUCAUAUGACUUGGAAGUGGAAGUGGCUCAGUGUGAUCUGGACUUGGGACAAACUUGUAAAGUGUCCCAGUGUGAACCGAGCUUCAUAUGACUUGGAAGUGGAAGUGGCUCAGUGUGAUCUGUACUUGGGACAAACUUGUAAAGUGUCCCAGUGUGAACUGAGCUUCAUAUGACUUGGAAGUGGAAGUGGCUCAGUGUGAUCUGGACUUGGGACAAAAUCGUCAAGUGGGUCACUGUGAAUUGGUCUUGAGGCAUAAUUUGUGGACUCUGCAUCAAUGUGAACUGGCCUAGUUCAUUCGAAGUGUUAUUUCAAUAAAUCUUUCCAAUAAAUUUGAGCUCUACUGAGAGGCUUCUUAUGGGGGCGUUCAUACAUUUCCAUUCUGUCAAUGUGUGAACACUUCCAUUAGAACCAAUGCUAUUCUAUUUAUGUCCUAACAGAAAGGAAACUUAUUGGAACUUCAGUAUCAAUUUAUUCAUCUUUCUGUUAUACAAGUUAGAAACUUUUGUAUCAAAACAUGAUACGCCUGUAUUAUACUUCUGUAUCAAAACUUGAUACGCCGGUAUUAUACUUCUGUAUCAAAACUUGAUACGCCUGGAUUAUACUUCUGUAUCAAAACUCGAUAGGCCUGUAUUAUACUUCUGUAUCAAAACUUGAUACGCCUGGAUUAUACUUCUGUAUCAAAACUUGAUACGCCUGGGUUAUACUUCUGUAUCAAAACUCGAUACGCCUAUAUUAUAAUUCUGUAUCAAAACUUGAUACGCCUGGAUUAUACUUCUGUAUCAAAACUUGAUACGCCUGGAUUAUACUUCUGUAUCAAAACUUGAUACGCCUGGAUUAUACUUCUGUAUCAAAACUUGAUACGCCUGGAUUAUACUUUUGUAUCAAAACUCGAUACGCCUGUAUUAUACUUUUGUAUCAAAACUGUAUUAUACUUCUGUAUCAAAACUUGAUACGCCUUUAUUAUACUUCUGUAUCAAAACUUGAUACGCCUGUAUUAUACUCUUGUAUCAAAACUUGAUACGCCUGUAUUAUACUCU